CCAGUUUCCUAACGGCCUGGCAGCUGCCCUGCUGCCCCAGCCAGCGCCUUGCAGCCACUGAGUGCUCUGCCCUCCUGCUCCGCCCUUCCCCGCCUGCUUUGGACUUCGAGCUAAGCUUUGCAGAAGUCACCCAGCUCAGCCUCGGGAGCUGGAGACCCUUCAGAGAACACAGCAGGCAGCCCAGGGGCUCCAGCAGACAGCAGGAUUAGUUUUGCUCAAGGCAGAUCCUCUGCCCCAGGCUGGAGAUGGCAGAGCUCAGCGUCCUCUUGCUGCGUGCCUGCCUGGCAGUGCUGGCCAUGCCCAUCUACCUCCUGUCCUUCCUGGGCAUCUGGAAGCCCUUCUGCGAGAAGAUUUGCUUCCCUUACGUCUUAGAGAAGAUUGGUGAAGGUCACGAAAAGAAGGCAAAGCCUCACAAGGAGGAGCUGUUCAGCAACCUACCCAACUUCACAGGGCCCUCGGGAGAGCUGAAGCUGCUGGAGAUUGGCACUGGCCUGGGGGCAAACUUCCAGUUCUACCCCCGGGGCUGCAAGGUGACCUGCACAGACGUGAGCCAAAACUUCCAGCAAGGCCUCCUGAAAAACAUGGGCAAGAACCAGCACCUCCACUACGAGGGUUUCCUUGUGGCUACAGGAGAGGACCUGCGCCAGGUGCCCAGCAGCUCUGUGGACGCAGUCGUGGGCACCUUGGUGCUGUGCUCCGUGGGAAGUGUGGACCAGACCCUGAAGGAAGUGCUGCGAGUGCUGAGACCAGGAGGAGCUUUCUAUUUCUUUGAGCACGUGGCUGCUGACCCUUCCAGCUGGAAGUAUUUUUGGCAGCAGGUCUGCUUCCCCACUUGGAAGCUCAUCUUCUGUGGGUGCUGCCUCACCAGAGAGAUCUGGAAGAAUCUUGAGCAGGCCAAGUUCUCGGAGCUGAAGGUGAAACACAUCAGUGUGCCCCUGCCCUGGACCCCCAUCCAGCCCCACAUCAUCGGCUACGCCGUGAAGUAAAGCACAGAGCCCUGCCAGGCCAAUUCCCUGCCCCCCACACCUCCCCUGGCACCAUUCCCCUGGCACACAGCACAGGCUGACCCUGACAUGCCAGCCUAGAAACCACGGUGAAGGACUUGAACUCAUUUAAGGAAGGAAAGGGGCAGUUUGCUCAACACCUUUAAAGCCUCACAGACCCCAGCACAGCCCUACAGAGGAUCCCAGGACUUGCAGAGAGCUGAGACCUUCCAAGAGCAUCCAGUCUGACACCAACCCAACACCACCAAACCACAUCCCCAGGUGCCAUGGCCACAGGUUCCUUCAACCCCUCCAGGGAUGGGCACUCCACCACCUCCCUGGGCAGCCUGUGCCAGCGCCAGACCACUCUUGCAGGACACAAAUUGCUCCUCAUGGCCAAGCUGAACCUCCCCUGCAGCAAUUCGAGGUCAUUUCCUCUCCUCCUACCCCCUGCAAGCUGCUGUGGGUGCCCUGCUGGAGCAGGGCUGAGCUCCAAGAGGUCCCUUCCAUUCCACGGUUCCAGAAGGCUGCAAGAGAGCACAAAGCAGCUCAGCAGGAAGCAGACAAAGGCCCCGAGGGAACUGGUUCCAGGAUCUGAAGGGGGCUAGAGGAGGGCUGGGGAGGGACUACUGACAAAGUCUUGUAAUGCCAGGAUGAGGAGGAAUGGGAUUGAAGUGGCAGAGGGGAGACUGAAACUGGAUGUUAGGAAAGGGUUCUUGACAGACAGAGUGGUGAGAGACUGGCACAGGUUGAGGGUGGUGAGACCCUGGCACAAGUCACCCAGGGAGGUUGGAUGAGACCCUGAGUGACCUGUUCUAGCAGGAGGUGUCCCUGCCCAUGGCAGUGAGUUGGAACUGGUUGAGCUUUGAGCUGCCUCCCAACCUAAACCAUUCUCUGAUUCUUCCUGUGUCUGGGAAGGAUCCCCUCAGUGUUCCCCAUGCUUGGAAGCAUCUGGGGCAGGGUGAACCAUGGAGCUCAUCCUGCCUCUCCCCACUGCAGCCUGGGAGAUUCCUAUUGGACUCCAGAAGAAAAUUCAUAGAACCAAGCAGGUUGGCAGAGAGCUCCAAGCUCCCCCAGCACAACCCAGCCCUGCCCAACCAACCAGACCAUGGCACUCAGUGCCCCAGCCAGGCUUGGCACCAACACCUCCAGCCAUGGGCACUGCACCACCUCCCUGGGCAGCCCAUUCCAGUGCCAAUCACUCUCUCUGACAACAACUUCCUAACAACAUCCAGCCUCAGCCUGCCCUGGCACAGCUUCAGGCUGUGUCCCCUUCUUCUGGCCCUGCCUGCCUGGCAGCAGAGCCCAACCCCACCUGGCUACAGCCUCCCUGCAGGCAGCUGCAGGCAGCAAUCAGCUCUGCCCUGAGCCUCCUCUGCUGCAGGCUGCACCCCCCCAGCUCCCUCAGCCUCUCCUCACAGGGCUGUGCUCCAGGCCCCUCCCCAGCCUUGCUGCCCUGCUCUGGGCACCUUCCAGCACCUCAGCAUCUCUCUGCAAUGCAGGAGCCCAGAACUGGGCACAGCACUGCAGGGGUGGCCUGAGCAGUGCUGAGCACAGGGGCACAAGAACCUCCCUUGUCCUGCUGCCCACACUGCUCCUGAGCCAGCCCAGGCUGCCAUCGGCUCUGCUGCCCACCUGGGCACUGCUGCCCCUGCUCGCUCCACACCAGCAGCACCCCCAGACCCCGCAGUCGCCUCCCAGGGCACGCAGCAGCUUCCCCCUGCCCGGGGCUCGGCGCACGCUGCCGAGGGCAGCUCCUUCCAGCUCCGCCGUCGCUCGGCGGCAAGGCUGCACCGAGCGCUCCGCCGCCUCCCUUCCCCGCCCGGGCUCCCUGUGCUCGCUGUGCCUCCGCUCCCGCCCCAGCCCCGCGGCCAACCGGCGGCGCCGUCCUUGCCCUAGCAGCCGAGGGCGGACAAAGGUCGAGCCGAGCCCCUGCCGGGGCGCUCAGCCUGCCCGGUUCGGCGCUGACGCUUGCGGUAGACAGAGCAAUAAAGGCCCCGCGCUGGCCGCA